UAUGCCAAUUAACGAAUUAGAAUUAAGUUUAGCAAAGAAACUCGGAAAGUAUCAGUUACUAAAACGAACGUAUCCGGAUUACAAAUUAGGAAUAAAGGAUAAUUGUCUAACAGAAAUAAUCACUAAGCGUGAAACAGAAAAAUGUACAACAAAGUACAUGCAAAUUCAAAACACGUUAUGGAUCCAACUUCAUACAAAUCAGGAUUGGAUAGGAAUUGCACCUAGAGAAGAAAAUUUGCAUAUACUUUGCUCCGAUAAAAUCCCUCGUAACGUGCGAGUAUAUCAAAAUUUUAUAAUUCAUCUAGAACCAGACUGUACAGCAAUUUCCGACACAGCAACUUUAAAACCAGAAAACUUAAUAAAAGACAAAAUUGAGGUUCAUAAAACAAUUCAUGUAAUUAAUCUAAAAUCAAUUAAUGAAACCUUAAUGAAAUACAACUUGACUGACAUACCAAUGGAUCUAAUAAAAGAGAUUCACGUUAACCCAGAACAUUUGCAAACUCUAGGUAAAACCUUAGACGAACUGGACAAUAUAGCAGAACGAAUAUCGGAACAUAAAAGAACUGUUACUUGGAAAGAAACAUUUAUGUACUAUUUGCAUUUAACAGGAUAUAUAGCCCUUGGCUCUGUCCUCUUUGUAUUUCUCUAUAAAAUUGGACUAUUUUCCAGUAUUAUCAAUCUAUUCAAACAACUGCUUGGAAAUUGCUAUAAUCAAUGCAGCUUCGGGAAUCGUGCACCUACACAACACGCCCAUUUCACCGCUUACGCCCAAAAUGAAGGAAUAAAUUCAGAAGUAUUAAGACGACUGCUUACCAAUAAAAUUUGACUAUACGCCAAAUUUUUCCAUAAGGGCGGAGGUGUGGGCAGCGGCCACGUAUCCCUUUUUGGAAUGUACAUUACUAAUGAUUAGAUACCAUUUUCCUUUUUCGAUUAGAUAGAUACUAAGAGCAUUCUUCGUUAUAUGACUAAUGAUCGGAUUUUCCAUUACUAAGGAAACUUCCAUUUAGAUAAUCGAACCUUUCAGUUUCAAAGUUUUGUUUUUGAUAAAAGAUGAUAUCAUUCGAAAGAAUGCAACGAAAGAGGGAAAUGCGUAUUAGCUUCACCAUAUAAAUAUAGGCAUCAGGAACCGCAGCGGCAGUUCCUCGUUAUUCGUCAAAGUGAAAACUCUGUAUCUUUAAUUGUAAACUACAAUUACGACCUUAUUGUAAAA